AUCGCUGCCAAAUAUUUUCUUACCCACCUACUACGCCUCUAGGCUUGAAAGCGCAGAACACGACCCACGAGGCUUGCAUUGAACACGACCGUCGAACGACGACGAACUCACAAUCCGGCGGGAACUAGUAUUGUCAUUUUGGUGACCAGCCAAUCGGAUACUAAUACGACGCUGUGUCAGGUAUGUAUUCAAAUGUAGAACUCGUAGGUUCGCGCAUCAGCGCAAUAUGCAUUAUUUUUGUUGUAUCUCUUGUCGCAUCAUCAUUUCCUUUGCUCUCGAAGCGCCUCACGUUUCUUCAAAUCCCUCGCAUCGUCUUUUUUAUUGGAAAACACUUUGGAACAGGUGUCAUCCUGUCCACAGCGUUCGUUCAUCUCCUCCAAGACUCCUUCGAGGCUUUGAACAACCCAAUUCUACGCUCACAGUCGAAGAUAGGGGAUUUUACUGGUCUCAUCGUAUUGGCCUCGCUUUUAUCCAUCUUCUUGAUUGAAUAUGUAUCCACUUCAUACGUAGACCGGCUCCAUUCAUACGGUUCACCGACUCCAUCUCCACGAUCGACUACCCCGAUAACUGCAUCGACACCCAUCUCUACGACACCUACCCGUCGCGUCGAUACGCCUAAGCCACUGGAAAGCUCUGCUUCCCAAUCUGAGCGCACGCAUCUCGUACAUUCUUAUUCCCCACAAAGCCCUCGACGAACGCGAUCGUUCUCGUAUGGGUCUACGAGUCAGCCGCACAGGCACGAUUCCUAUUUCUUCGAAGGACAUCAUAGACAUGAGGCUAGGUGCUCCCAUGAUACGCACCAUGAACGCGGAUUCAAGUUGUCGUCAUCAUAUGACCCAGAAGAAUUAGAACAGGGUAUCGUGACUGACAUAGUUCAUGACCGGGUGCUGCAGGCUGAGCAUGGGCAUUCACAUACGCUCGAUUCUGAAAUAAAAGAGGUUCAAGUCGGAAAGAAAAGGCAGAUUGUCGGCAUUCUCGUGUUGCAAUUAGGCAUCAUGAUACAUUCUGUCAUCAUAGGUCUAACACUAGCGAUCACUCAGGGCCCCGAGUUUGCGUCACUCCUCGUGGCUAUUAUUUUUCACCAGCUUUUUGAGGGGCUAUCGCUUGGCAUUCGGAUAGCAUCUCUUCCUUCGUCGGACGAUGGAGGCACUAAAUAUAUGGCCAUUUUACGAUCUACCCUUAUCGUGCUUUUUGCAGUUACCAACCCUGUGGGCAUUGUAAUUGGUCUUUUGGCAUUCAGGCGGGGUCAUGACGUCGUGGAAAUGCUCCUCAUUCAAGGAAUCAUGUCUGCAAUUUCAGCAGGGAUGUUGAUGUACGCCGCGUGUGUCGAGAUGCUUGCAGGAGACUUCGUAAUGGACCCGAUUUUGUGGCGUAGCGAGGUUUGGAAACAGACGCUUGCGUUGGGAAGCUUGGGUGCAGGAGUGGUGGCUAUGGCACUCGUGGGGAUGUGAUGGUCGGCUUUAGUAGUACUGGGCCCUGGCAAUUGCCAAUAGACCGUAGUCGAGAACAUCUUAGUCGGUAACCUCCUGUUACCUAUCUCUCCAUGACUACUUUGACAUCUUGCAUCAUUUUGCUGUAUUUACUGUUGGCAUGAUUGAACACGGACAUAGACUGUCUGAGCUCAGUUUCUUUAUAGGGAGAUUUGCUUGCAAUAAUGUGAAUCAAUCCCGCCGUGGAGAAAUUAUGCUCUCCUUCCAACAACCUUCUAGUGUGGCAUCCUAGC